UGCUUCCCAAUUCUAAUUAGCUAUAGCUAGCUUAUUUCCUUUGCUUUUCUUGCCUCUUUCUGCUUUCCACCACAAUGGCUAAGUCUAAUCUACUUGGCAAAAUUCCUUCCAUGGUUUCCUUAAUGCUGCUUUUCGGUGUCCUAACUGCUACCCUUACCACAACAGGUGCCCAGAUUGGUGUUUGUUAUGGAACGCUUGGAAACAACUUACCGCCCCCACAAGAAGUUGUAUCUCUCUACAACCAAUACAACAUCCAAAAAAUGCGGCUCUAUGGUCCUAACCAUGAUGCUCUCCAAGCCCUUAGAGGCUCCAACAUUGAGGUCAUGCUUGGUGUAGAAAAUGAACGCCUUCAAGACAUUUCUUCUAGCCAAGACAGUGCAAAUAAUUGGGUCCAAAACAACGUCGUAAACUAUGGCGAUGUCAAUUUCAAGUAUAUUGCAGUUGGAAAUGAAGUAAACGCCACAGGUCCGGAAGCACCAUAUGUUGGCCCUGCAAUGGAAAAAAUUCAAAAUGCAAUUUCUUCUGCAGGACUUGCAAACAAAAUUAAGGUCUCCACCGCGGUUUAUCCUAUAAUUCUCGGAGAAUCCUACCCUCCAUCAAAGGGUUCUUUCAGGCAAAAUUAUCGUCCAUUUCUUGAUCCUAUCAUUGGCUUCUUGGUAGGGAACAAAUCGCCAUUGCUUCUUAAUGCGUAUCCCUAUUUUAGUUACAUCCAAAGUCGUGACAUUAGUCUCGAUUAUGCCCUUUUUAAAUCUCCAUCCGUAAUAGUGAAUGAUGGUGAUCUUGGGUACCAAAACCUCUUUGAUGCAAUUCUGGAUGCAGUUUACUCAGCGUUAGAGAAGGCUAAUGGCGGUUCGUUGAAAAUUGUUGUAUCAGAGAGUGGAUGGCCCUCGGAUGGUGGCGAUGUCCAAGUGACGACGAAAGAGAACGCGAGAAUUUACAACUCAAAAUUGAUUCAGCAUGUGAAGGGUGGCACUCCAAAGAAACCUGGAAGCCCCAUAGAAACCUACGUGUUUGCCAUGUUUAAUGAGAAUGAGAAGACUGGGGAACCAACAGAGAAGCAUUUCGGGCUCUUUUUCCCAAACAAAGAGCCUGUGUAUCCCAUUGAUUUCAACUAAGAGUUGAAAUUCUAGUGUACUCUGAGAUCAGAGACACCCUUUUAAAGCAAUUUAACCGUAAUAAAUAUAGGGUUACUUGUAAACCCUAGUGAAGACAAAAAGGAAACCUUUUUGUGAUUCAUUAACUCAUAAAUGUAGAUGCCAUAUAUUUGGCCUAUAAACUGAAGUAUAUGAUUUGCCAAGUGUAUUUUUUUUACAUUGUCAUUAUUUAUCUACUUCUUAAGACAAGAACA